GCUCCUCUGACGUCAACACGUACCACCGCACAGCAUCGUGGUAGCGUCUGCCCUUCACGUUCGUCCAUAUCCUGUGAGGCUGUAACUCCAAGGCACUGCAACCAUGGCUCUGCUCAAGUCUAACAAGGUGAUCUUCUGCCUGGGGAACAUUUCUCCAUCUCUGGGAGUUUUGUCCACUCGCAACAGCUCAUGGUGGGGUGGAGUGCAGAUGGGCCCCCCUGAUCCCAUUCUUGGGGUGACUGAAGCCUUCAGGAGGGACACCAACCCUAAGAAGAUGAAUCUUGGAGUAGGAGCCUACAGGGACGACCAGGGGAAGCCCUUUGUGCUCAGCUGUGUUCGCAAGGCCGAGGCUUUGAUUGCAGCCAAGCAGCUGGAUAAGGAGUACCUUCCCAUUGGGGGUCUGGGUGAUUUUACCAAAGCCUGUGCCCAGCUGGCUCUCGGUGCCGACAGUGAGGUUUUAAAGAGCAGCAGAAGCAUCACUGUUCAGACCAUCUCAGGAACAGGAUCUUUGCGCAUUGGAGGCAACUUUUUGGCUAGAUUCCACGCAGGUCCUCAUGAUGUCUAUCUGCCAAAACCUUCCUGGGGAAACCAUACACCCAUCUUCAGAGAUGCUGGCAUGCAGCUCAAAGCAUACCGCUACUAUGAACCCUCCACCUGUGGCUUUGACUUCAAAGGAGCUCUUGAGGACAUUUCUAAAAUCCCAGAGAAGAGUGUGAUUCUGUUGCACGCGUGCGCCCAUAACCCCACCGGCGUCGACCCCAGGCCCGAGCAGUGGAAGGAGAUUUCUCAAGUUGUGAAGGAGAGAAAUCUGCUGCCGUUCUUCGACAUGGCCUACCAAGGCUUUGCAAGUGGGGACAUUGAUCGUGAUGCCUGGGCUGUGCGGCACUUCAUUGAACAGGGACACAACAUCGUCCUGUCACAGUCUUUUGCCAAAAACAUGGGACUCUACGGUGAGCGUGUGGGAGGCUUCACUGUAGUCUGCAGCGAUGCAGAGGAGGCAAAGCGGGUGGAGUCCCAAAUCAAGAUUCUCAUCAGACCCAUUUACUCCAACCCACCAGUGAACGGUGCCAGAAUCGCUUCCACGAUUUUGAACACUCCAGAACUGCGCUCUGUUUGGCUGCAGGAGGUGGAUUCUAUGGCCAAACGCAUCAUUUCGAUGAGGGAGCAGCUGGUGGCCGGAUUGAAAAAGCAGGGCUCCUCUCACAACUGGCAGCACGUCACCGACCAGAUUGGGAUGUUCUGCUUCACAGGCCUGAAGCCCGAGCAGGUUGAGAGGCUGAUAAAGGAGUUUUCUGUGUACAUGACCAAGGACGGUAGAAUUUCCAUGGCAGGUGUGACCUCUGGGAAUGUGGGAUACCUCGCCGAGGCGAUCCACGCAGUCACCAAGUAGACCGUUUGCUGGUUGGAGAGCGACAGAAUCAAAGCUGCAGAGUCGAAGAGGAGCUUAUGCAUCACUUCUCCAGUCCACUUUUAGAGAAGAGCUCAUUGUUUAGUAAUACAUUCUCGUAUGGAUUUCAUGAUGUCAUCGUGGAACGGUUGCUGUUUUAUUUUUCCAAUUUCCGUCUCAGAACUUUCCUGUCAACAUUAUCCCCUUGCUAAACAACAUAUAUUAUUUUCUGGAGCAGAUGUCACAUUUAUUUAUUAAUUGGGAAUAAUUGUUGUACCAUUUGAAUUUUCUAAAUGUUACUUUUCUGCUGUGAGCCCUGUCAUCAUGUAACACUCAGAAAUAAAAUCCCUGUGGAACGGCUUGCUGGCUUUGUAUGUCAGGAAAAAAAUGCCUGUUACUUUGUCAAAUCCUGUAGAUUUUUUUUUCUUUUUGGUAUUGGUGGGGGUGCAGCACUUUAUGUUUUAUAGCACUGUUUGAGUUUGUCACUUGGCUUAAUUGUCUAAACAGCCAUUCAUCAUCAGCUUAUUAGAUUUAAUUUCAUCAGCUCUUAAGUAAUUUAUGCUAGUUUCUAUAUAGAAAAGCCUCGUCUAGUCCCUUAUGCUCAGUUCUUUCUGUCGGAUGUCUGUUUAAACUCACCAUUCAAACAAGCACAAAACUGAAAAGAGUUCAGCAUAGGUUCAAAUUCUGCAUAGAUAUUUUUAUAAGAGUUGGAGUAUAACGCCACCUCUUCCUUCACGUGUUGACAGUGAAAGCUCGAACCUGUAACAUUGACGAUUGGAGUUCCAUUUUUGAGGAUGAAAAGUACAGUUUAAACACAACAAUACACUGCUGAAGUUUGGAGAUGCAAUAUAAAAAUGUUUAUCACAGAAACUCUAAUAGUAUAAAACAUGGAGUUACCCAAUCUGCUCAUACCUCCAUUGUCUGCUUUUUGAGGGUCAUUUGUCAUAAACUACAGAAAACGAACAAUAAACUGUAAUGGAAUGA